UUUGCGAGUUUUCCUUAGUUGAAUUUUGUUUGUCGCGUUGAACGGUUAGAAUUUUUAUUUAUUUGUGUGUUUGGGAUAGCAAUUCACGAGAUAGCAUGGUGGCCGAAUAUUGUUUAUGUUUAAUACUAAUAAUAUUAAACGAGUUCUGUGAUGCAACUUCAGCCUUGACGCCAAUGUUCAACAUGACGGAAUACUACAAACUUCCAAAGCUAUAUAAAUAUGACGACUUCGAUCGCUGUCUGCAAGAAUAUGAUACCAAAGCUGUGUAUUGUAUAAUCGACACCCACAUCAAACCUAACAUAUCCGCAACGAUAUGGCCGUUGAUUGAAAAAUUUUCCAACGACACCAAGCGUAGCUUCCGACACGAUCGAAUUCAACGAGGUUUGUGUAUGAACCUGUGUGAGAAAAUAAUGGGAAAGUACGAUUAUGAAACCAAGAUGAAGUACUACCUGAAGCAGUUCAAUGAAACCAACGAGGUAACAUUCGAUCCCAACACAUUCCGGAAGGCACUCGAUUGGCGAAUUAAAUAUAAAUAUUUGGCUAAUCAGUGUGUGAAUUUUGAAUUGAAAAGGCAGUUCUCUAUCAUGGGUUACUCGGAGGUGGAGUACUGCGUCAGCAACCAGGAGGAGGAGGAUUCCCUGGAUCACUGGGAUAUAGUGUUCCUGGUAGUACUAGGUUCAAUUAUUUUUGCCGUUAUUCUGUCGUCAUUCCUCGAUUACAAGCUAAAGAAGAGACUCUCCGUCAACAUGAAGAGUAGUGACUACUAUCGCACUCCACUUCAAAAAGGCAUUUCGCAGAAGCUAGUUCUCUUCUCACUCCCGCGAAACUGGCAAAUCCUCAUGGCCAAGCGACGAACCACCCUGUCGAAAGAUCUACGUUUCAUCCAAAGCGCCCGCUUUCUGAUCAUGUACCUGGUAAUAGCCGGCCACUGCAUGCUGUUCAAUUGCAUUUUUCCGCUGCUGAAUCCGGAGUAUGUGGAAUUUAACUACCGGCGGAUGAUAACGAUGCUGAUAUUUAACGGAAUAACAGUGAUUCAGACGUAUUUUACUAUCAGUGGGUUCCUACUAGCGGUGCAAUUUGCGGAUUAUAGUGAGCGGAAUAAGGCGUUUACGGUGAAGGACUUUUUCGCUAGCAUUUUGUAUCGAUAUGUGAGGCUGGCACCUCUCUACUUGUUCAUAAUCCUGUUGGAUGCUACAUGGCUUUUUAAACUGCAGGACGGGCCCGUGUGGAAACGAAUGGCCGAAACAGAACGUACUUUCUGCAGGAAAAAUUGGUGGGCCAAUUUACUUUUCGUAAAUAACUAUUUCACCGUUGACGGACCGUGUUUGCAACAGGGCUGGUAUCUCGCAACCGACUUCCAGCUGUUCAUCCUUGGCCUGCUGUUGCUAGCUUUUGUUAGACGUUUCCCUAAAUUGUUCCGUCCAACGAUGGGUCUUGCCAUUAUUCUUUCCUACGUAUCUCCCGCACUCGUUACGUACUUCUACAAGCUGGAGGGGGUGGUUAUGAUUCGACCAGAGGCGCUCAAAUACGUUCUCUGGUACGACGAGAGCUACCGGCAAAUGUACAUUCCAACACACACGAAUUACGGCAGUUAUUUGGCGGGAUUGAUUGCCGGUUUAACCUAUCAUAAACUGAAGCGAAGCGAGUUCAACAUCCGGCGGCAUAAACCAUUCCUACUGCUGUGGUAUUGCGUUCUACCGCUGGCCAUUCUGCUGCUUUUGUCCGCCUUCAUGUUUUACGAGUACGACUUUGAGAAACCGGCCGUCUGGAUUGCGUUGUACUCUGCCUUGUCCAAGAACCUUUGGGGCCUGAUUUUCGGAGUGCUGUUUGUGGGUCUGGCCUUCGGUGUGGGAUGGUUCCUGAAACGACUACUGAGUAAUCCAGUAUUUCGACCAUUGGGAAAAAUCACAUACGCCGUAUAUCUGUGCCAUUUGUUCGUGGUAAGAGCGACGCUGGGCAAUAUCCGACAACCGAUUUAUGUCAGCGAUGUGCGGAUUUUAGUAUCAACUUCUUCGACCUUGGUCUUAUCCUACAUAAUGGGUCUGCUGUUGUGUCUAGCUAUUGAGAUUCCCUUUUCCAGUUUACAGAAACAAAUUUUUCACAAGAAACCAGAAGUUUAUUACGAGGAGAACAUUGAUUUGACGAAGAAUGGUAUUCAUACAGUAACAGAAACCAAUGGAGCUCGAUAGUGGUUGACAUCACGCAGAUUAAAAAUGUUAAAGAAAUUUCAUUAUUUUAUCCUUAAACGUUAAAAUAAUACUUUGGUCAAUAUCUACUUA